GUUGGAGCUCGGAGGUGUGUUCCGGUGUGAGGCGGAGGGGACAGCGUGGCCUUGCGGGGGUCUGAGUGGUUGGACACAGUCACCAUGCUGAAUGAAGAACAAAUACAGGAGCUGCUGGGAUUUCUGACACUUGACACCCGGCUGGAUGUUAAAGGCCAGGCCACUGAGUGUGUGCUGGGAUUGACUGGGAGUAACGACGGCCGCAGCUUACUAGGACAGAGCGUGGACAUCCUGCGGGCUUUGCUGAUGCUCACCAAGGACCCCUCUCAGGCUGUGGCAAAGGACUGCUACUUUGCCCUGGUCAACCUGUCCGCUGAUGAGACGAUACACCAAACCCUAAUCCAGGAUGUCCACCUCGUUUCCACGCUCCUGCCCAACCUCUUGGACCCUGGGUGUGACUUCUCUGACCAGAUCUGCUCCAUCUUAUCCAACCUUACACGGGAGAAGCGCACUUGUGCUGACGUGUUCCAUGCCAUUCAGAAUGAGGGCCCCGGUUUGGCGAAAAUUGUGGACAUCUUCUGCACAGACAGUUACAAUGAAAAUGUGGAACUCCACUACCUGGGGCCGUUGCUGUCCAACUUAACCCAAUUGCCAGAAGCCAGGCAGUUCAUACUGGAUAAAGACAGGUGUGUUGUUCAGCGACUUCUCCCUUACACCCAGUACGAGGCCUCGAGUGUUCGCCGAGGAGGGAUCGUGGGCACACUCCGCAAUUGCUGCUUCGAUCACUCACAUCAUCAAUGGUUGCUGAGCAAUGAAGUUGACAUCCUCCCUCACCUGCUGCUGCCAUUGGCUGGCCCUGAGGAACUGAGCGAGGAUGAAAUGGAAGGCCUUCCUGUGGAUCUCCAGUAUCUCCCCGAGGACAAGCAACGUGAGAAGGACCCAGACAUCCGUAAAAUGCUGCUGGAGGCCAUCAACCUGCUGAUGGCAACGAGAAGUGGGCGUGAGGUGGUGAGGGAAAAGAAGGCCUACAUUAUCCUGCGAGAGUACCACAAGUGGGAGACUGAGCCCGAUGUUGCUGCCGCAUGUGAGAAGCUGAUUGAGGUGCUGAUCUCAGAUGAACCUGAGCCUGGAAUGGAGAAUCUGCUGGAGGUGGAGAUUCCUGAGGAGAUUGAAGGGAAGCUAAAGCUGCAGCAUGAGGAAGAGCAGCAGCGAAUUGCAAAGGAAAAGGAAGAGUUACUGAAGAGCAGCGAGGGCGGGAGAGGACGAGGGGAUAGCCCGGAGGGACUGGAAAGGUGAUGUGAUGUCCUGGACUGAGUGUGCGGUGUUAGAGGAGCCGCAGGCAUGGAGCUCGGUGUGAUUCUGUCUUUGCGAUGGCUCCGUUAGCAACAGCUGAUAUUUGUAAACGGUUUGGCCAAGAGACCCGGUCCUGUCUGGUAAAGUCUGCAAUCGGAGCAGCCCUCUCCUCUUCGACCUACCCACCAUCGGCCUGUGGUGAUUUGGCAAAGCUCUCUCCUAUGGCAAUGCCCCAUCUGAUCACUCCUCCUAAUGUUGUCUGCUCCCUCGUUCAGGGAGACCACACGUGUGUAUCAGGGAGACCACACGUGUGUAUCCGUGUGCAUGGAGAUUUUGAAGGGAAAGGAGAGGAGGCAGGAGGAUUUGGAUACUCGUUCCCGAACUGGUUCAGAGAAGAAUCCAUCUGGUUGUGUCUGGGGUAUCUGAAGCCCCCUGGGAUAAAGUAGCUGAAAUUCUCACCUCUCUCUGCAACCACAUUAGCCCUGCUCCCUGCCAAGAGUCUCUGGAAUACAUCUCUGGGAUCCUGAGGGUCAUCUGGAGUGCUGCCCAACUGCAACACCAUCCGUUGCCAGUCUCUGUCCCACCCCCUUCUCCAUACGGCCCCACCCAUCCCCCUUGCAGGUUGACCUGAGAGACCCCUUGGCAGGGGAGUUCUCGUCAGUGUCCUGUCGAAAAGAUUUACCGUCAAUCAACACCACAAAAGGUCAUGAUUUGGUCAUUGAUGUUGAUGGGAUCUUGCUAUGCAUGUAUUGUCCACUGCGUUUCUGCUGACCAUUCAAAAUGACCCAGUUAGCCACAAAAUGCAGCAAGUGCUGAAGUUGGGAACAACACCUUGGCAGUGGGAGCUGGUUUCUCUUCUGUCUAAUGGCCUGCCUGUCUCUGUGCUUUCACUGAGGUUUGAACCUGCACAGUCAAUAACCAAUAAAACAAUUCCUUUGGCCAUCACAGCAAUCGUUCCCAAAGCAGUCAGCCAAACCUUCCUUUUACUACAGGAUAUUGUUGAGCUAGGUGCAGGAGUACAGAGAAUCUCGGAGUAUGUUAUACAGCAGCCAGCCUUCCACCCACCCUCAUGUUCAACACACAGAAUCCCUACAGUGUGGAAAUAGGCCAAUCAGCCCACACCGACCCUCCAAAGAACAUCCAUCCAGACCCAUCCCGCUACUCUGGCCAAUGGCUAAUCCACCUAGCCUGCACACUAUGGGCAAUUUAGCAUGGCCAAUCCAUCAAACCUGUACUGACACAGGGAGACUAUGCAACCUCUACACAGUCGCCUGAGGCUGGAAUCGAACCCGGGUCCCUGGCGCUGUGAGGUAGCAGUGCUAACCAUUGAGCCACUGUGCUGCCCAUCUUGGGUUGAUCAAUCUCAACUUGGCUUUGCCAGAUUGUCUUAGUAUCCAGAAUUAGGUCUAUCUCAGUUCACAGAAUGUGGGCAAUGCUGGCUGGGCCAGCAUUUACUGUCCAUCCCUAGUUGCCUAUUGAGAAGGUGGGGGUGAGCUGUCUUCUUGAACAGCUUCAGUCCAUGUACUGAGGGAAGGAAUUCCAGGAUUCUGACCCAGUGACACUGAAGGAAUGGUGAUAUAUUUCCACCGGUGAGCGGCUUGGAUGGAAAUUUGCAGGAGGUGGUGUUCCCUUCUCCUCCUAGAUCAAAGUGAUCGUAGAUUGGAAGAUUGUCUUGAAGGAUCUUUGGUGAAUUUCUGCAGUGUGUUUUAUAGAUAGUACACACUGCUACUACUGAGCGUCAGUGGUGGGAGGGAGUGGAUGUUUGUGGAUGUGGAGCCAAUCAAGCGGGCUGCUUUGUCCUGGAUGGUGUCAAACUUAUUGAGUGUUAUUGGGUCUGCACCCAUCCUGGCAAGUGGGGAGGAUUCCAUCACACUCCUGACUUGUGCCUUGUAGCUGGUGGACAGGCUUUGGGGAGUCAGGAGGUGAGUUACUCGCUGCAGGAUUCCUCGCCUCUGACCUGUUCACUGACAUAGGCCUCCAAGAUUCACAGCCUUUUGGGUAAAUUUGAUUCUCAUCUUGGUCUUAGGGGCCUGGGUCCCUGUCCUCGUACCUUCCUAAUGCUUGAGUUAUGAUUAAGAUCUCGGUUCACUUACCUAUUUAGUUGUACAUUCGAGGGGAUGGGUGAAUUUCCCUGCAGUCCUGUAUUCUGUGACACAGCUGACCAUCUUGUUUCUGUUUGGAUGGGAUCAGCAGGAGCAGGGAGUCAGAGCCAGUGAUCAUUGAGAUAUACAGGAGAGAUAUUCCAACCCUCACCAUCCUGCUGCACGCUGCUGGGCAAAUGGAAUAUGAAUUGGAAAAUGCUGCCAAAAAGCAUUUUGUACUGUUCCUAUCAAAGGAAUAACUUUACAAUUGAAAUAUAUCCCUCAACAGCUAUGGAGCGAGGAAACAUUUCACUGGUGAUUCCGAAUAAGGAGGUUAUGAUGGAGCUGUAUGUAAUAUUAGUCACCCACUGUGCUGUUCUGGUCGCCACACUAGAGGGAGAAUGUGAUUGCACUAGAGAGGGUACAGAGGAGGUUCAGCAGAAUAUUGCAUGCACUGGAAUAAUUCAACGAUGGAGAAAGACUGAAUAGGCUUGGAUUGUUUUCCUUAGAGCAGACAAGGGGGGGGGGGGGUAGGAACAAGGUUGGAGUGAACAAAAUGCUGACAUCAUCAACGGGGUAAAUAAGCUGAAGCUUCUCCCAUUUAGUACGGGGUGAAUAACCAGGCGGUACAGUUUUAAGAGAAGGUGUAGGAGGUUUCCAGGGGAUUUGAGGGACAUGUUUCUCGCUGAGGGUUGUGGGUAUCUCGAACUCACUGCCUGAAACAGUGAUAGAGACAGGAAACCUGACGCCCUUUAGGAGAUAUUCAGAUGACCACUUGAAAUUCCAUUGCACACAAGGCUAUAAACCUGGAAAAUGGGCCUAAAGUGGGUGAACAUUUGAUGCCAGGCAUAGACACAAUGGGCUGAAGAGACUUUUAAGUGCUAUAAAUCUCUGAUUUUAUGACAGUAUGAUGGCAGCUGUCACAUUCAUUUGAAUGAAGAUUCUGAUGCGUGAAGAGGCCUGGAUGCCUUCUGACUGUGAAACCCACACAAACUGGUUCUCUGCUCCAGUGAUUAACUCUCCCUCCCCAAACCCCCAAAUAAAACGGAAGAUCUGGUUUCA